AGACAAGCAGCUGCUGAGCAGUAAGGGAGCCGCCGCGCCGUGCCGCUAUUCUCCGCCCCUGCAGCACCGAUGUCCAGUCAGCGUGAGGAGUCGGUGUGAUAUCUUUAGAAGUACAGUCGCGAAGUCAGGCCUGUCACAUUUAAAAACUGAAUUCGGAGGAACGGCUGAUUGAACGGCACAACAGCUUUCCCAUGCUUGCGGCUUUAUUUUACUUUGUUUUUACAUUUAUGCAGAAGUAAAAGAGUGUAGCGUUUGCCUACGUCAGAUUAUCAAGUAAGGGCUACCUGAAUAAAGUUUGCACCUUUCCGGAUUUUUAUAUUUCUUACUUGGAUGACGCUUCCCUUUUCUGGAUAUACCUUGGAUUUAUUACUUUUGAACACUUUCGCAUCGGUCAAAGAGAAGCCAAUGUGUUAAUCAUGUGGAGGAGAAGGCUGCUGUGGAGGGUUGUGUGUUUUGCACUCCUCGAGAUCACUUUGCAAACUGAGUUGGACUGCGGGCAAGUUCGCAAUGUUUUUCAGCAGCGGCAGAUUGGACCUGUCAAGUCCCUGCCGGCAUCGCCGAGGACAGGUACCGAACUACAAGUUUGCACUACCAAAUCCCUAACAUGCUGCACCAGGAGGAUGGAGGAGAAGUACCAAAUAGCAGCCCGACAGGACAUUCAGAAUUUAUUGCAGAUAUCCAGCUCAAGCCUGAAGUUUUUAAUUUCAAAGAAUGUUGCUGCAAUUCAGGAGACAUUUGAAACAGUAAUACGACAAGCGGAGAACUAUACCAGCUCCUUGUUUCGUACAACUUACAGAAACAUGGCAGCAGAGGCCUCAACAGCAGUGAAGGAGUUAUUUACAGACAUUGGACUUUUUGUAUUGAAUUCAGAGCUCAGUAUCGAGGAGUCUCUUCACAGAUUUUUUGAUGGCCUGUUCCCUUUGGUGUACAAUCAUCUCAUCAAUCCUGGUUUAACAGAUAUAGCAGUUGAUUACUCUGAAUGCUUACGCAUGGCAAGAAAAGACCUCAGCCCAUUUGGAAUUAUUCCAAAAAUCUCAGUCGGUCAUAUGGUGAAAUCCUUAGUGCCAAGUCGUAUUUUUUUACAAGCUUUGAAUUUGGGGAUUGAAGUUAUUAAUACAACAGACCACUUGCAGUACACAAAGGAAUGUCACAGAGCCCUGCUGAAGAUGCAAUACUGCCCUCAUUGCCAAGGCCUCACCCAGAGUAAACCCUGCAUGGGAUAUUGCCUCAAUGUGAUCAGAGGGUGCUUGGCCAGCAUGGUAGAGAUUGACCCUCAUUGGAGAGAGUAUAUACGAUCAUUAGAGCAACUAUCUAAUAAGAUGCAGGAAACUUUUGAUAUUGAGAAGGUGCUGCUGAACUUUGAUUCACUUGUAAAUGAGGCAGUAAUGUUAGCUCAAAAAAAUGGACCAAAGCUCUCAGUGCAAGUAAACAAGGUAUGUGGACAUCCAAGCAGAAAAGCAGAACAGUCCUCUGAUCAAGUUUUGGACACCAGCAAAGAACAAAUCCUUCCUAAAGUAACACGUCCAGACACAGAAGAAACGCUUACCAGCAAAAGAAAUGAGUUCAUUGACAGUCUGCGGCUUUACCGAACAUUUUAUGGUGCAGUGGCUGAUCAGCUGUGUGCAAGUGAAUUGGCAGCUCCUGAUGGCUUAUCAUGCUGGAAUGGAGUCGAUCUCGUUAAAAGCUACACUCUUCAGGUCGUGGGCAGUGGAAUUAAAGCUCAGUCUGGAAACCCGGAGGUGAAAGUAAAAGGAACAGACUCGGUCAUAAACCAGAUCAUUGAUAAACUGAAGCACGUCAAUCAGUUGUUACAGGGAAAAUUGAAUACAAAGUAUGGAAGCCUGGAUAUUACAGAAACAGGAAGUGGGAAUUUGGAGGACGACGUUAGUGGAGACUGUGAUGAUGAAGAUGGCUGCAUUGGAUCAGGAAGUGGUGAAGAAAAGAAACAGCAAAAGAGCAUCAAAUGGCUGCCAGACAAGAAGAUGGUUGAAGAUAUAAGACAUACCCAGCAGACAGAAGAUCAUCUUCUGGACAAUGCAGGAACAGAAAGCACAGUGAAAACUACCCAUGUAAUCCUUCUUUUCAGUCUGACAACAGCACUUUUGAGUCUAUAGAAAUAUCCCAGAUAUCGUCACCACUUUUUAAGCCUGAAUCAUCAGGUCUCUUUUAAACUAGAGAUGUACAGAUGGAAAUUAUCCAUUGUGAUUAUCUUGCUUUGUGCCAUUUCUAUAAAUGUCCAAUUGGGCACAUUAAAUAAUAACAGCAUGGCUUUAAUGUCUCCAAACAUUUCAGUUAUUGUUACAUUAGUUUCUUGAUGAAAAGCUGUUGCUAGAAUGGUGUACUUUUUAUAAGACACUCUUCUAAAUUAACAUAUUUAUAAGGAUACUGUUUUCUAAUUGUUCUGCUGUUAGUAGAUUACAAUUAUUUUGCAAAUCUCAUUUAGAUUCCCCUGUGUAUAAUUACAUUCAGCAAAUUCCCUUACAUUUCUUAUUAUCCACCUGGUGCUUUAAUGGGCUCUUUUUCAUGAACUUUCCAUUUUAUUUUUCUUCCAAAUCUGAACAUAUUAAUGCCUUCCACUAUUCAUCUGUGACAUUAAAUUGCUGAAAUUAAAAAAUACUUUUUUGAACCAUAUUCUUUUAUCCUUUUGCAGUCCUGUCUUUAGACAAGUCAGAAUGUCUGAUAACAAAGCUUAAAAUUCUGUAUAGCCAUUUCCAAAGACAUGAUCCAGAAGUAUUCUUUCAAAAUACAAUUUAAAUCAAUUAAUGAAAUCAUAUUAUUCAUGAAGGCCACAGCCUCAGUCUUUAAUGCCGGGUGAAACAUUUUAAUGCAAUUAACUCUUGUUAAAAAAAAAAAAUUGCCGACAGGUUUGCACGAUCAGCAUGUGGGCCAACUCUGAGGGACGGUGUGGGCAUGCUGUGAAUCCUAAUUCUGCACUUAAUUCAUAUUACAUGCCAGGUUGCACACCCCUUCCGCAGCUCUAUAUCAAAGUUAUUCUACUUUGCUUAUCAGCUUUUCAUUCUACUGUUUACAUAGUUUUGAGUAUUCUCCUUUAUUUACCACAAGUAAGAUGCUUAAAAUGCGUUUAGUAAAUAAGGUAAAGCUUUAUAUACGCUACGAUGAAUUAAUCAACAAUGACACUAAUGUUCAGUUAUACAGUUUCGUCAAAUAGCUGCUUUAAAGCUGACUAGAAAGCGUCUUAUUUCUGUGUGGUUCUUAAUGUUUGCCAGACAACAUAAAAUUAACAGCACUGCCCUUGCAUCUCUAGUUGAGCAAGUUUUAAUAAAUAUUUGGCAAUGCAGCACAAGGUCCAGAUAAUAAAAAAUAUAUCUAUUCUUAAUCCAAUUUUAUUCGUCUCUAUUUAUUAUUUCUCAUUUCAGCUAAAAACCUACUCACUGCAUAACUAUAGCAAUUUCAAGUGGUUUUAUGCCUAUUAUUGUAAUUUCAGUUAUUAAAAUCAUGCCACUGCUGUUGAACCAUGUCUUUCUGAGUGUUUUCAAUGAGAUUAUUAUUUAGACAAAAAUAUCCUGUAACAGAGAAAAAGUGUCGACUAUAUGUAAAUUAAUACAAUAUGCCAUGAUGAUAUACUGUACUAUAAAAAUAUUAAAAAAAUUU